AUGAUAAAUUUAGAUAUCGAGAACCUUAAUGAUAUUAAUCUAAUUUUAGAAAAAUUAGAUGCCCAUGAUCGAUUUAUCGAAGCUACUAUUGAACUGUUUGAAGCAGAUAAAUAUAAUAACAAUAAUUGUGAGGGUUGCAAUUGUGAAGGAGCCAAUUUUGAAGGGGCCAAUUAUGACCGUUGCGCUAUUAAGAAUAAAAAGCAAAUCCAAGAUAUAGUAAAUAAUAAAGAAAAAACAUAUAUUCUGUCAAAUAUAAUAAAUAUAUUAAAUUAUGUUUUUCCAGAUUAUGAAUUUAAAUAUCUAAACAACUCAAAUUAUAAAUCUAUAAAAAAUUUAAAUAGUGUUAUAGAUAAUAUAAAUUAUAAUUUAUUUUAUUUAGUUGAAAAUAUUUAUCGAGGUUUUAAUAAAAAAGUAUGGAAAUUAUUAAAAGAACUAAUUGAUUUUAAAUCUUGUGAUAUAUAUACAUAUUUAAAUAAUACUGAUAAAGAUCCAUAUAUAGAUAAACAAAGCAUUUCAAGUUUUAAUUAUUUUUUUUUUGCAAAAAAAACAAAAAGAAUAUUAUUUAUUUCAUGUAUAACGAAACCAAAAUAUAAAAAUCAAAAUGACGAAGAUUUUAACAAUAUAUAUAUGACAAUUCAAGAUGAACCUUCUAUUAAUCCUCAAAAUGAUUAUGACGAAAAUUGUUCAUCUAGUUCGUAA